AACGACUAGUCGUUGAUACGCAACUGCUCGAACAUUAUGUUUCGUGCCUAAACGCACAUUCCUCCAAUUAUUAAUGUGUAUGAGUGAGUACUGCAUGACAACUUAAUUCCAAUUGGAAUCAUUUGAAUGUGAUUUUUCAAUUAAUUUGCGACCAAGUCCUCUUUGUUGGUAAAUAUCAGGUGAAUUUUAAACAUCUUUAAAUAUUUCCAUUUCUUACCUACUUUGCAAAUACGUACCUAAUAAAAGAAAGUCUUUUCUGCCUCGGAACAAUUGAUCCGCACAUGAAGUAUUUUCUCAUACUUCUCAUCAGCUGGAUAGUGUUUGUUUUUAUUUCAUAUUAGACAAUAAGGUGCAACUAGUGGUCAAAUGGGUUCGAAAGCCAUUUCAGUAGCUACUACCGUUAAAGACUUCAACAAAGUUUGUAGAUUGUGCUUAAGUGACAAAUAUUUAGAAAAUAUAUUUGAACAAGAUGAAUUACCUAAAUGGAUAUCGGAGUACCUUUCGAUCGAGGUCUCCACGACCGACGAAGUUAGUAAACUGAUUUGCGUAAUGUGUAGCGCGCGUUUGAAGGAAUUCAGCGAUUUUCAGCGAUCGUGCCAAGAAGCUCAGGACAUUCUUCGCAAAGAAGCAUCCAAGAAUCGAAUAAAAACUGAAGAUCAAUCAAUCCUAUGCGAUGUGUGCCUUCAAACAUUCCAAACUCGGAAGAAGUUGAAUGAUCAUAAGAGGCUGGUUCACGGUCCAAAGAAUUAUGAGUGUUCCAUUUGCGACAAAUCUUUCUUCAAACCUUCACGUUUAGAAGCACAUAUGACAACCCAUAAUGAACAAAACCUUUAUGACUUGAAGCCCCCAGUCAAAGUUGAUCCUGCAAAUCGACUUCAAUGCGAAGUGUGCCUUAAAUUUUUCGCAACUAAGAAGCAACUGUGGGACCAUCGGAGACUGGUUCAUGGACCAAAAAAACAUGUUUGCUCCCUUUGUCCUAAAUCGUUCGUACAACGUCUGGGUUUGGAAAAACAUUUAGCGAGUCAUAGUAAUGCACGCCCCACAAAAACGAGCUUCAACGCAACUGUAUUGGCUAAAAGAGCAUCAAAUCCUAUGGACGGUUUCGGACUGAGCAAACAAAAUAUGCCAAUUAGAGGUGAUGUACACGAAAAUGGUUCUACAACUAGUGAAGACAUAAAAUAUGAUAUUAAAUGCGGUGAAUGUGGUAAAGUUUUCGACAUAAAAAGAAAACUAUGGGAUCACCGAAGAAUGGUUCAUGGACCUAAGAAACAGAAGUGUCCCUUUUGCGAUAAGGCUUUCGUCACGCGCCGAGACAUGGAGAAGCAUAUCCCAGUUCAUAGGCGUCAAAUUUCGCGGGCGGAGAUGAGGAAGCACCAGACAAUCUUGCAGAAACAAAAACCUAGUUUUGAAUGGAAGCCAAUGCAACAAUUUAAAAUCGAGUCGCAAAGUGCUGUGGCACCAUCGCCAGUGAAAGAUGAAUUUGAAUCAUCGAAUUUCGAAGAUGAAUUCGAAUCUUCGAAUUGCGAAGAUGAACUACCAGAUGAUUACGAUUAUGUCGGAACCGAACCCACUGUUAAAGAUGAACGGAAGAGCCCAAUCCAGAAGGUGGCAUGUACUAUCUGCAACCAGCUGAUCCAUCCUUCGCUUACCUCGCUGAAGAAGCAUUUGAAGACGCACGAUGUGGUGGAAGUAAAGGAUUCGUCGGCGGACGAAGAGGAAGAGAUUUUUGAAGUUGAAGAGAUUAAAGUUGAACCGUUUACAAUUGAUGACGACUGAUAUUUACUUUUGUAUUAUGAAGAUGAAAUGUUGACAAUAAAAUAUAUUUUUGAUGAAAAAAAA